AUGAAAUUACGCCUCUGGAAUACUCUCUGGUGGAAGAGAUAUUCAAGAAAUUCCACCGUUCACGGAAUAAAGUAUUUGGUGGAUGAUGAUUUGCAUCCGGCUGAGAGGUACAUUAAAUUGCCAUCCGAUGUUAACGAUGUGAUAUGUUGUGUAUGGGGUGUGUACGCGACAGCUGAUGUACUUAAAUGGAAAAUUAAAUGGUGGGAAAGAUAUAUUAGGAUUAUCCUCUAUAUUCCAACUUAUGACAAGGUUGAUGCUGUAACGUCGUAUCAUACCUCAUCAUUCCACUGUCCUCCGCAUCACGUCCCGCCCCGUGAGGUGUACAGCGGGAUCGUCUGGCUUCUCGUCGUCACCCUGGCGGUUUUUGGCACUGUGUUUGUCUCCCUACUUCUGUCCAGGCGUUUCUCCAGCAGCCCCCUGGCCACUGUAAUCGAGAGCACAAUUUAUCCCGUGUCGGAAAUCCCAUAUCCGGCCGUCACCAUUUGCACCGGCAAUCGCAUUAAUUGGUCCCAUGUGGAACACGUGGCGGACCAGUACUCAACGGGAGGUGGCAAAUUGCCGGCGGAGAGUCUGCGGAAUUUCCUGUUGCUGGUUGAAAGAGUACUUCGUGAUGAAUUUGAGUUGGGAGAAAACUUGCCACAAUAUAAUCAAUCUCACGAGUUGGAGCAUAUCAAUUUCAAGCAACUUCUAUAUGACGCCUCGCCCAGGUGCAGUGAAAUCUUCGAGGAACCUUGCUGGUGGCGCAACAAAUACCUCAAUUGUUGCACCAUCUUCACCCACCAACUCACCACUUACGGCAUCUGUCUGGCUUUCAACUCCCUCACCUCUGUGGACGCCCAUAGUCACCGCAAUGAGACUGACUGGCCGUGGCGAACAAGCAACUAUGGCGACUGGAGUGGACUCCGGAUCACGUUGAACGGCUCAGAGGCUCAUGGGAUUGGGGUUAUUUUGCAUCAUCCAACGCAGUGGCCGCAGAUGGCUACGUUCAUUUCCCCGGGUUCCAUAACCACCUUUACUAUCACACCCACAUUCACCUACAGCCGUUCUAGCGUCGGCAGAAUCCCGCCGGCUCAAAGGGGAUGCCUUCUCGAGGUGAGUUUUCCCCAACUAUCUACAUUCAGUCAUUCCAAGCAUAUUGAUACAGUUGCAAUUUCGAGAAUUAUUCAAUAA